AGGACGUUUCUGUUUCUUGACGGAUCCAUGUUGUAAAGAGCAUUUCCUCAGACUUCCAGAUCCUUUCUUUUACUAGAAGAUAUAGAUACGCAUACCCAGUGCUCACGCUCAGUCCCGUCCGGUUCAUUUUCUCGUUUCAUCCUGUAGGAAUCAGUAGUUAUCCAUUCUAAUUGAAGUAGCUUAUGCCUCUCUCCAUAGAUAGUACUCACUAUCUAGGGUAAACAGUUAUAGAUAACGACUAAGUUUUUUAAAGAGAAAAGUAUGAAGAUGCUCUGCGCUCUGCGCGAGUCCUUGGACGGCGAUAGUCCCGAGAAGUAUGAAGUCUCAAUUGCCGUCAUUGGGCCACCAAAAUCCGGAAAAUCCACCUUGAUUGAUGCUUUAGUGGGUGCUCAGGUGACCUCCAAAGGGUCUGCUAACCCCGUGGACAGCACGAAUGAGGCAGACGAGGAUGAUGAUGAGGAGGGUGGAAACGAAGAGCCAACAGUUAGGGCUCAAUACAAUUCAUCUCUACCAUCGUUCAUUUCUAACCAGUUCCGUCCUAGGAUUGGGAGAAAUGUAGGCGAGACUCGAGAGAUGAAUCGUUUGGGGCUCUAAAACAGAAUCUGAGACAGAAAACUUCGUGGAUCGUUACCACGUGAGACUCGAGAGCCAAAAGAAAGCGUCGUCGGGCAUUUUGGGAGCGGUAUCGUGCCGUUCUUGUGUUCCAUUUUCGCCAUUCUAGGGGAGUUCUGCAUCUCUCUGCUUGUAAAGACAACAGUAGAAUCAGAAACUCAUUAAACAUAAACUGCGUCAUGCAUAUUGUGUAAUAUCAACAGGGUGGUCUUUUCCAUUCAGCUUCUACGUCAUAUUCAUGUCUCUACGUCUUAACGAAUAAAAUCUGUUAUGAGAGAACUCUGCAUUCAAGGUUGCGUCUCUACCUACCAGGAGACAUAUCUUGUUUUCAGAUGGUCCGCCGGUCGCCUCUAAGGAAACCGAUAGGGGUCGUUGAGUUGUUUUUUCUGUUGGGGGUUCUUUCGAGGGUUUUUGAUAAUUUCCGGAGCGGCUACAUGAGAUAAGUUCGAAGCGAGAACAUUGGGUGAAGAAGAAUGUAUAAAUGAGCGCGUCGCUAUUGCCUUGAUGCCCUGACUUUUGAGUUUCUGAAUUCCUGGCCAGACAAAAAAAAAACAAAUUGUAAGGAUGUAGCGGGAUUCUUCGAGGCCGUAGGAGGUGCUGCUGAGAUGGUUAAACCUGAGUAGAGGCCAAGACGACCGAAGUUUAAAAGGGGGAGAGCGUCCCAUCGCUCUCCCUCGUCGCUCCUUUUAUCUCCCGCCCGCUCUUACCAGAGUACGUAGUGGCUAUCAGGCAUAGGGUAGCCCCUGUGGUCGGCGUCAGCCCUCCAAUUUUUUGCUUUUCUUUUUGUUCUUAUUUUUUUUUCUGGCGAACAACACGAUUGCAACAUCUGCGGAGCAGAGCAUGGGGGCGACGACAGGGCGCUUUAGGGUGAGGAGGAACGAGGAAAGCAGUGAAAGUAGGUAGCGGUAGGCUUCACCGAUAUGACUUCCUAGUACUUAUCCGCCUUGGCACUUUCUGCCUAGCACUCAUGAUUUUAGCUCCGCGCUGUAGAUGACUGGCGAGGCGUGUGACUUCACCGGUCGCGAUCUCAAUAAUAUUAGUUACGUCCGAUCUAGGCGCUUACUCUUAGCACAGGCCUGCUUCAAUGAUUUCGGGUUUGCUAGUCGUAGUUAGUUUUUGCCUGGCAGUGCAUGCUUUAGAUGGUUCAUCAGUAAAUCAGUCAUCAGUGUUGCGGGGUGUCAUACCCCUGCAGGUGUGCUGACUUGCUCACGCGGCCCCGCUGCGUCGGGUUGCGCCUUAGUUUUUCUACAGGGGUCGAAUGUACGGCUUCUCCGAUAGGUGUAGACUUGUGGCCGAAUGUGCGGUCUUAUGCGCCCCCAGUAUGUAACUUGUAUGAAAGAAUUAGUUGAACGAGUUAAUUGAUUGUUUGAAAGGGCGGUGGCAUAUAGUCCUAACGCAAAAAAUAAAAGCUUCAACGUCAGAAUAAUGGCAUCAGGGACGCACACAUGACAUGAAGCAACAACAAGGUCCUCUGCCUUCAAUGUAUAUAUGAAAAUCUUUCUUUCAUCCCUGCACACCGACCAGAUUUUCGGAGAGCGAAAGACAAGUAUUGUUGCCACGGAACGUGAGCUGGACAGCGAUUCUGAAGACGAUGGCUCACGUUCGUUUGAUGUUAGUUGUGAGUCUUUACUCACGCCCGCUGACGGACUACCCGCACCAGCCGAACUGGUACUAACGGAACGUUAACAUUUAGGUUUAGGAGCACGUAGAGUAAAGUGAGUAGUGACAAUAUUAUCCUGCGAUAUCAUGAUUUUGAAGGUAAAUGAAAGUGGAAAUUCGUUUCCGUUUUUACUAUUGAUUUGUGUUCCCUUCUAAGCAGAAAUGGUUCAAGGCAUAAUUUAUGGUGCCUAGGUUACCCAUGGUACGAAGCAAAAUGCUGAUAAGAUUGAAGCACUCUUUUCGAGAUGAAGUCUUCUCUGACAUAACUCAGAUUUUUGUUGAUGUUCCUGCGCCACUUGAGGAGGGCAAGAAAAUCGAGGAAUUUUGGCAGGACCAUGUAUGCGAUGUUGCUGAGACAAGCGAUUUCAUGGUGCUCGUUCUCGAUCCCUUCAAAGAUAGCGCGGCUGAGUGCUUAGUAGAGACAGUGUCUGCGCUUCUGGGUAUUUGCGGCGACGAGGGCAUCGAGGAUGUGUUCAGAAAAGUUCUGUUCGUCUUGAACAAAGCUGACUCAGGGGAAAACUUUAGUGAGCUGCUUGGAAAGCUUAUAGCGGAGGCCUGUGCAAAAGUUCGGCCUGUACUGACCGAGACGCUGAGGAGAACUGGUGAUGUCGCGAAAAAAGCUGGCAACAAGAACAUCGAAAGUAGGGCGCACGAACUGCUUGAAACUCUGCUCCGAUCCCGAUUUGUGACUCUGUCAGCGCUUUGUGCGUUUGCUCUUCGCGUCGAAGGUGGAGUUUCUCGAGAGGUAUUGAAAACGGACCCCGAGUUGCUUGACAUGAUUGCGCGACGAGACUUCCCGCUUGCCUAUUCUGGCUACUCACUGCUGUCUCCGGCGGAGCAGGUGGACGCAGUGCAUCGUUAUUUGUGUAUGCUUCGACACUUGCUCUUCUCCGUUGAUUUUAGUUGUGGUCGUGAAUCACCAUGGUGACAUGCUCGUUCAACUCAACCUUUCUUGUAAUGGCAAUGGACAAACUACGGAUCCACUAGAUGGACAUUGUUUAAAAUUAGAACACAAUUACAGUAGCCUUUCAUUGUUACGAACUUGUCGCCUGAGAAGCGAAGCGCUCGACUGGCGAGCGUGGGUCUGGAAAAGGUCACGACAGUUCUCGAGUCCCGCUUCGGUGGAAAACGCUUUGGUGCUUUUAUUGCUGAUGAAUUGAAGGCGAAGGCGGAAAACACGUUGGACCUGUCGGAAAUGCGAGCUUUUCACGACCACGCGUUACGAGUUAAUCCCAAGGAGGGGUUUGACCUGAGAAAGGUACUGCUGGAAGAGGAAGUUGCGUAGCAAUUUUUACCAUGAAACAAAAAAAGUCUUAUUAAUGUUGAAUGGAUUGGUUGGAAAAAAAAUCACCUUUAUUGAUUAAACCUCGUCCUGCUCAGGUAUACCUGGAACACUGGGCUGCACUGUUGCAGCAUAUGGAAGCGACAGAAGAGUCAGCGACAAAACCGCAAAAUUUUAAGGAACUAGCAACUGUAGCGGUAACCAAGCUGGACCCUGACCAGUACUGCAAAGACGAGGGCCUAUACACCUUUGGUUAAGGAUUGGUGCAAUUCAUUUCGAACGGUCGUUUUUCUUCUGUUUCCUUCGUGGGAUUCAGAAGAAGUAAAGCGAAGAAGUGAAUUAUUUGAGCACUAAUUUGGAGAAAGGGUCGAAGCCAUAGAUGAAGAUGCCAGCGCGGACGUCAUGGACAAGGACCGAGAUCACGCCGGUGAUUUGCUUGGUCACAUUCGAAGAUGCUUGUCCUACGUCGUGCAGUGUGCGCUGGGGGCUGCUUCAGUGGAGACGAUCAUUGCGGGUGCCGACGAAGCUCUCGACAACGAAGACAAAGACGAAAAUGUGAUCCUCGUAGAGGAUGCGAAAUUGUCCUCGGUUGGGUCGACGUCGACCAGAAAAGCAUCUACUUCUGCUACCAACAAGAAGCCCGCGACGAAUAGGACUUCGACAACGUCGGUCAACGGAGCUCAGUCGUCUUCUGUCUCCCGGGAGCAUUUCCGAACUCUGCAGGUGAUGGAGCGCACAUUGCAAAGCGUGACAGACAAGUUGCCCAUGGCUUCGAGCAUAGCGCUCGCACGAUUGUUCAAGGAUGUUGACGAGAAUGCUGAUGACGAGGACGAUAUCGACGAGGAGGAGGAGGACGACGACGAUGAGGACAUGGAGGACGCGGAGGAUGACGACGAGGACGUGCCUCCAGCAUUGCACGUAGUUGGGUUCGAAGCUGAACUAUGUGCAAUUCGUGACAGAAUGCGCCAACUGGAAGCGAUGGUGGAAUCCCAAGCAAGCAAGCAAUGCAAGAGCCCUUGGGAAACGUUUGUCGAUCCCGGUGAUCUGGUACAGCCUUACCUCUAUACACCCAUUUGUUUUCUGAUCACUAAAACGUCUAUCCUAUACAUAGUAUCUAUAGAUACCCAUUUGGUUAAUAUUAUUUGUUGGACUUCCACUCGGGACUUGCUCGUUUAUGAUCUUGUUUCGUACUUUUUUUUUUCAUCGAAGAUUCAUCGCUCUUCCAACAGAUUGCACAGUACAGCGCAAGUUACAAGCGCUGCAUGCCCUUCUUGUCGUUAUUUUACGAGUAUGGCUUGCUCUGUGAGAAGAUCGCACUCCAAGAAAUUACGUUUCAUGAGGAGGUCGAUGAAGAGCGCGACGAAGAAGAGUCCGAAGAUGAAGAGAGUGAUGCCGCAAAUGAAGCGGAGCAAACUGAAGACGACGCCAUGGACGUUAUGGCGAUACAAUGUCUUAAGUAGUUCAUGUUCCAUAAAGGCGACAUUGACUUGCUUACUCUAAAUUAUUUGGAUUUGCAUAUGCACUUCUCGGCUCCACGAGGAGGUAGGUAUUAGACCAACUAAAACUAUUGGGUCCUUGCAGGUCAUAGCUUUACUUGUGUCACUACGCCUAGCUCUAGACGGCCACUCUACCACAGAUUUUUUUCGUGUAUAAGAUUUAAUCUCUCGUUAGAAAAUUUUGCCUGGGAGAAUCAUGAUAACGACUAGUUCUAAUAGUUUGGAUCUGGAAGGGGCUUCCGAAGAGGAGAUUAGCGACUUGGUCGAGAAGGAACAAGAUCAGGAUGAAAGCUUCGAAGUCCUUAGCGAAGAAGACAAAGAGGCGGCCGAUGCAUCUCCCAGUUGCUCAUCGCCGGCGCAAAGCGACGCGCAGGAUAGCUCGAAUGUUUAUGAACAAAGAGCUUGCAGCGAUAGAAACCUGAGCAAAAUUUCUUGUAAGUAUGUAGAAAUACUUUGUGUGCGUGAGUGAACAGCACCUCCCAAGUUCGAUACGGGAACAACAGGGAUUUUACUGGAUCUGGAUACAGUUCCAAUAAAAGUUUGUGAAUGCUGUUGCGUGUUUCCCUUCCCUCUAAGAAAAACAAGAAGAUGGCGAGAGCGAUGUUCGAAAUGCCGAUACAGAACGAUCCCAAAGCAGUCCGGUUGAGAGUGACGAGUUCGAGAUAGUGGACGGCGUUGGACCCAACAAGAAGCGUGGACGCCUCACAGAGGAGGACGGAAGUCAGGGUGCGGGCAAGCGCCGCGCAAUUGCUGGCGGUGACUCACCAGAAGAGAUGAACUAGGUUCGCUAUGUAAAAGUACAAUGAAUCGUCGAAGAGAAGAUGGUUGUGGGAAUUCAACCAACGAAGUUCAUCAACCUGGCAACAAUAAUUAUGGAUCCACAGAGAUUUUAUGACUCAUCAUUUAAAUUCUUUAUCUUUAAAUGUAAAACACCAUGAUUUUUUUUUUUCUGUAUGCUGAAGUAUGUAUCUGUACUUCGCUGUUGUGAACUAAUGGUGAGAAAGGCCAGUGAGGAGACACUCGCAUUCAAUACCACAUCAUGGCUAUCACUCGCUAGAGAGUCAUAUGCUCAUAUCUUACAACUGUGGCACAUUCAAGAAAUAUACUACUUACUUUGGUCUUGGUCGUUGGCGUUGGUCCUAUUAUCCUGUUCAUCGACGUGUCAUCGUUGUAUGCAUGUGCGUGCACAACUGCUUAUACCCAUCAUUAUUAUUUUUCCAUAAUCUCCAUCUCCUAGAGUCCUUUUCUUCUUUGAAUCUCAAAUUUGUAACAGCGUCGAUUUUUCAGAGGUAUUACCCACCAGUAUAUCAUGUUCAUGAUCGACGAGGCAUACUCUUCAUCUAGACUUGAAGCAAAGAUUAUGAGAUUGAUACAACAGCAGUGCCCAAAUGAGCAUUGAGGCUGGAUCAGAUAGUCGGAUUUCUUGUCAUCGCCAUUAUGAUAUACCGCAAUCGCAUAUUAAUUCAUAUACAACGAUUUUCAUACGAUUACUACUACCCACAAGAAUUAACAUCAAGAUAUUCCGUCUUUGAUUUCAUGGAUCGUUCUAUUCGGUGGCUAUGACUACCAACUACUGUAGGCAUACGAAAUAAAAUCAUAUCGAGAAAAAUGUCACGUUUUCGAUGGAGCGGCACCCUUAACGGAUCAAUCAAACGGGUGUGAAAGCGAUCUUCUUUCAUCCGAUUACACAGCGACUAUGCUUUCUUCUCUUCGAGGCUCCGCACACGAGCACAUGGCGGUUCUCCUGUGAAUCUGCGCUAUUUUGAAACAUCAAUUCAGUAUCCGUCAACGGCAACGUUCACGACGAACUUUGAAUGAGAAUAGAACAACUGAUGGGCUGCAAGCCAGCAGUGCAGUGGUGCACGAUCCCCUACGAAUUAAUAGGAGACUUGGG